AUGGGCUGUCCUCCCUCCCCGGGCUCCCUUUCUUCCCCCUCUCCAUCGUCCUCCGCUCCCCCUGCUUCCUCCCCCUCCCCUUCCGCCUCCUUCUCCGCCUCCCCCUCCGCGCCCCCCUCCGCCUUCCCCCGCUUCCUCACCUACGAGUGGUACCACGGCUGUGGCGGCCUGGGGGACACACUCCUGGGCCUCGCCUCGACAUUUGUCGUCGCGCUAUUGGACGGCCGCGCACUGCUCAUCCGCCACCGCUGCCUGCCCUUCGCCUUCGAGCCGAACCUUAUCGACUGGAGAUUCCCAUCCACGUCGGCAUCUGGUGGCGGCGACAACCAACCAGGAUCAGCGAGCUUUGGUUCGGACGACCCUGAAUCCGCCAAACCUGGAUCGACCAGCCCUGGUUCGGCCGAACCUGGAUUUGCCGACCCUGGAUCAGCUGGCUUCCUCGGAGCAGGAGCGGAAAUACAUGUUGGCAAUGACACAGGGGCAGAUGGACCCGCUGAUGAAAUUCUGCUCGAACCUGCCCGGAAAAUCUCGACAGAGUCGGUGAUUGCGGGCAGCCCGGAAACAAAGGAGAUGGGCGUGGAUGACGUGCCGAUGCUGGACAUCCGAGACACGCAGUUCGGGAGCGUGCAGGAGACCUUCACGCCCUACAGCAAAUUCCGCAACGUCAGGCUGUCGUGGAAUCGGGGCGUGCUGACUCAGAUGCUGACGGAGGAGCAGAGCGAGUGGGCGGCACGGCUCCGCACCACCGGGUUGCGUCCACCGUACGCUCUCGGCUGUAUCCUGCGCUUCCUACUCAAACCUAAUGCAGAGGUUCGGCAGCUUCUGAGUGGCCUGGAGAGGGAGGUGCAUGCACCUGGUGUGGUGACAAUUGGAGUUCACAUCAGAUUCACUGAUGGGACAGUGUGGGAAGGGGAGGGCGAAGAUGCUCCCAAGCAGCUGGGCGAGGCUGAGGUCGAGAGGCUCAUGCAGGUGGCCCGCCCGCUGCUGAGCUGCACUCAGGCAGUGGAGGACUGGUGGUUCCCCCCUCCCCUGGAAGUGCGCUGGCUCAUUAUCACAAACUCGAUGGAUUUUAAGAUUGCCAUGCAUCAACAGUAUCAAAAUAAGGUUGUUACAACCCCAUUCACUCCCCGCCAUUCUAAUAAGCUGAGUGACAAUGCCAUUAGCACAAAUGCCACCUCAAAGCUGGUAGCAGACUCACCAAUGAGCGCGAGCCACUUCAGCAGCAUCCAUGCCGACCUGGCAGCGUGCCUCUCGUCCCUGCCGACCGACAACCUACCUGCUGAUGCAAGAGAGCAGCUCGCGCCCAUUCAGCAGCACAUACAAACGGCCAGCUUCACAGAGCUGCUAUCGCCACAGGAUGAGGAGGGCUCAAUCGAAGAGGGUUCCAAGGAGGAGGGUGUAGACGAGGAGAGUUUUAAGGAGGAGGGCUUACAGGAGGUGGAGAAGGAAGAGGGGGGAGAGCUGGAUAAGGAGGAGGAAGGCGGGACUACUGAGUCAAAGCCUGCAACUGCUGUGAAAAUGAAAGAAUCACGCGGCGAGGCAGAAAGCAUCAAGGAUGCUGCGAUGGCGGCUCUAUUAGGGUUUGUAGAGGACACGUUCUGGGUGAAGGGAAACGCCCUUAGCAUGCGCGGAGGGAGAAGCUGGCAGGCUUUUGAGUCGACUCAAGAGGACACGUUCUGGGUGAAGGGAAACGCCCUUAGCAUGCGCGGAGGGAGAAGCUGGCUGGGUGGGACAGAGAAGGGCGAGAGUGUAGGAGGAAGGGAGAAGAAAGAACGAAAGGAAGGGGAAAAGGAGGAGGAGGUGGGAGAGAAGGGAAAGGAGGAGGGGGGCGACAGCGGGAAGGGUUCGCCUGCAGAGUAUGCAGCAGGGAGGUUGGCGAUGCUGCUGGGGAUGGACUCGUUGGGGUCGUUUGAGGAGGAGAGGCAGGCUCUGGCUCUGGAGGCACGGCGGGCGGAGGAGGCAGGGGACGAGCAGCGGGCGAGCAUGGUGGCGCAGGUGAGAUGUGGCUAG